AUGAACCCUCAUCAGCAACAACAUUAUCAUCAUUUUGCAAACAAUGGUAUGAUGAAUUACGCAAAAUCAUACCCUUCCGGCUUUCCUCAAUACUAUCACGGAAAUUCAGAAAAUGGUAUGAACGAUAUGACAAAUCCUUCUCAUCUUCACAAUACAACAUAUGGAAGUUUGUCAUCAAAUUACUCCUCCUCGUCCACUCAACCCCAUCCAACCAUGUAUUCCCAACAAAACAACAAUUCAAUCAUGGGAUAUCAUCAUGUUCAUUCAGCAGGUUCGAUACCUACGACGACAUUGGGUAGGUCGAACAAUAGUCCGUUACCUCGAUCGUUAUCUCCAUCACCAUCACCACCAACGACCUACUAUCAUCAUCUUGGACCACAACAACAUUCAUCUCUGCAUACCAACAACAACAACAACAACACCUAUCAUAAUAGUACCAAUCCUAACCGUAACCAACACAACACGAAUAGCAACUAUCAGUCCUUCAGUGGAUCCCAAGGCUUGGAUCCAAUGGUUGGAUCGUUCCAACCAUUUACAUCACCUUCCGCACUUCCACCCUUCAAUAAUUAUUAUAAUAAUACAAAUGGUACAAGUGGAGAGAGUGUAAUGAAUAGUAGUAACCAUGUAACGCAAAACUCUCAUCCGCAAUUUUCAAAUAGGACCUAUAAUGAUGGAGGAUCAAAUUCUCAACAAUUGCAACACAAUCCAACAAUGAAUUCAACCUCCGCACCUGCUGUAUCGAGAAAAUCUUCAUCCGCAUCAUCAACACAGAAUCCUUCUCCAACAAAGUUCAUCCAAAUGCAAGUACCAGGCACAACCACUCAAAAAGAGUCCUCCUCUCCAAGUUCCCUUAAGCGAGCCUCUCCAUCCUCAACCUCUAAAAACGUCACCCAACCAUCUUGUCAGCAAAAUGUUGUUGAUCAUGUCGAUUCAAUGGAAAGUGACGAAGACAAUGUUUCUGCGUCCUCUCCUCGUAGUUCCAAUAAUGGUAGACGUACUAAAAAGAGCACUCGAGCUUGUGAAGCUUGCCGAAAGCAUCAUAGAAAGUGUGACGGUGCCUCUCCUUGCAAAACAUGUGUUAGCAAAGGAAUUGAGUGUAUUUAUACAGAACGAAAAAAGAGAGGACCUAAAAACGAAGCUUCCAAACUUCUUAAAAAAGAAAUUGAGGAGUUAAGGGAACAACUACUUCAGACUCGUGAGCAACAGAAAGCAUGGGAACAACGCUAUAACGAAUUGCUAAGAUCGUCCUCAACGGGACAGCUUCCAGGUUCAGCCUUUAUGGCUUUCCACCACGAGCAAUCUGCUUGUGGUACCACAAACUCUCAAUCCAUUCCACCAUCAUCUAACAGUUCAAACCUAUCUGUGAUAGGUAACACGUCACAACCACUAACAGAGAAUAAUCCUCGGCAUUACCCUCAACAGGCAUUCAAUCCUUCCAUGUCCAACUUUACAGAGCAACAACAAUUCAGCCAAUUCCAAGAAUUAGCAUGGAACUCAAACACAUCCAAUUCUAAACCUGUCCAAAUGUAUUCCACCUCAGCUUCAUUUGAAGAUUCUCUGAACAAGAAGAGAAAAUGCGAGGAUGAAACAAAUAUUGAAGAAAACUCAACCAAAAAAGUCAAGAAAGCUGGAGAUGUUGACGCAGCAAUUGAAGAAUUGGAUCUAACAAACACGAAUGCAAUGAGCCCAAUGCGUUGUGAUGGUCAUCAUUUUGCUCUAUGCUCCAUGGUUACCCGUUUUGUUACUUUUUGGGAUAAGUUUGUUCAUCCAUUUCAUUCUCUUUUACCAAUGAAAUGGCAGUCAGCCAUGCCUGAUCUGCUAUUCGACAUUAUUCGAAGUGACGGACAUAAUUCUGAAAACUCUCUAUUUAUGUAUAGCUUGCUUUGCAACUCAGCCAGAUCGAUUGGUGAUGUUUCACUCAGUAGAGAUCUUCACCAACGAGCUAUUCAGUUACUGCCACUUCAUUCUGAAAGCUGUGAUCCACGAGUUGGAUUUUCUUUAGUGUUACUGGGCUAUUAUAACAUGUCUGUGGGCUCAUUGAAAAAAGCUCUUGAAUAUUCAAAGAAUGCUCUCCAAGUUGCUUAUGCAUCAGAAAAACCUCCAGAAAAUCUCAUCAUGAAUGCAUACCUUGCAAUUGCGUCAAUAUCUGAUGACUAUGAAGAAAGAAAGAGAAACUUCAAACUGCUUGCAGGAACAGGAUCUGUGUGUGAUGUCUUGAUGGGUGUGUCUGGUGAUGUCCAAAACGAAAUUACUCAUGGUGGAAAUAACAAUUACAAGGAUCUGAUCACAAGAAUGGCAGAUCUUCUUCGCUUGAAGAAUUUAUCUGCCACCAAUGUCACUCUUAUGCAUGAAGUUGGAUUGUAUGGCAUUUUAGUGCUAUGUUUACACAAGGCCUGUUAUAGAGAUUUGGCAAUCAGUUACGGCAGAAAAUUGUUGGAUCUCUCCAAAGAUUCCAACUUUAAGCAUUGUUGUAUUGGUACAACAUCCAGUGCAAUUGCUCAGGCAGCUAGCAUGUUUUUAGACUUCGAAUGCUAUCCUGAAUUUUAUGAAUGUAUGACUAUUAUGGAUGAACUCUCGUUGCGCUUUGAGCUAGCUGGAAUGAUGAAAUCAAAUGUUCAAGAACGAUUUACCUUUGUCAGUAAUCAACUUGCCCUUAGCUCUAGUGGUAGCAGCAACUCUUCCCUUAGCCCAGGAAAUUUUGGAAAUAUCUUUUAG